AUGGGACGCCUCCAUUAUCUCGCCGUGCUUGCGGCCACGGUGGCGAUUGCUGCCGCCAUGGAGAUGGGCGAGUCCCACGACCCGAUGGAGUACAUGAACCCCGACGACCGCCCCGAGUUCAACCCGAUAAACGCCGGGCUGAAGACGGCCCACUGGAUCUUCGCCGUCGCCUUGCUCGUGCUCUUGCCGCUGGUGCUGGCGGCUUUCGCCUGUGCCGACCGGCUCAAGGUCUCGGUACCGCUCCAGCUCGUGCUGUGUGUGUAUCUGGUGGUGGAGCUGUUGUUUCUUCGGUUCCCGGAUAACACCGAUAACCACGAAAACCGCACCUCCUACGGGACGCUGUGGUUCCUUUCGAUAUGGCUUGGGGCUGUGGUGUUUAUCGGUACGUUUCUUCAAGGGUCCAACGCCGUCAUGAACAAGUUCUACCCGCAUUUGGCCGACAACUCGGCGCUGGGCCGUUUAACUACCGCCUACAAGUGGCUUCUGAGUCUCGGGGUGCUUCUCGGGUUUAUCCGCGUCAUGCUUGCCGUCGUCGCCCUCUUUGGCUUCUGCUAUGGCGGCCACACCGGCCAGUGUCUUGCUCACGGGAUCAUGGGUACCGCGUUUAUCGCCUACUCGUUCAUCCUCGUGCUUGUCCUCCUCAUCCCUUGGAUCCGCAAGCAUCAACUCGCCGAUUCCGACUCCUCAAAGUACUUUUCCCAGGAGUUCUGGGACCUGACGGUGAUCUGUCUCUGGGGCAUUGUUAAUACUUUCACCGAACACCGGUGGGGCGACGAGCCCUGGUGGAUGGGCGACUACCAGCACACUGCGAUGGGGAUCAUCUGGUGGUGUGGUGGUCUUCUUGGGAUGUGGCUUUCUCGCGGUAAUCGUCGGUCGUGGGUACCGUCGAUUAUCUUAGUGUUUACCGGGUGGAGUAUGAGUGAACACACCCAGCACACGUUGAUCAGUACCAAGGUGCACAUGGUGUUUGGCAUGGCGCUUAUGGCGGCGGGGAUCACGAGAGUUAUUGAAAUUUGCUUCAUGUUGAAGGAUAGAGCCACCACUCCCGAUGGUAAGAUCAGAGCAUUUCAAUACUUCCCCCCGUUCUGCUUGACGUUAUCGGGGUUGUCGUUUAUGAGUGCCAACGAAGAACAGCUUGAAUUGGUCCACAAAUUGGGCAGUGACCACAGUGCCUACGUGUUGGUGGUGACGGGGGCGGCGUUUUUGAUCUACCUCUGGUUCAACUUGACGAUCACGCUCUACUUGUGGCUUGUCGGCUACGACGAAAACGGCGAGAUUGUCCCCGACACCUUCACGCGAUUAGAACAGCAGACAGAUUUCGAAUUGGGCGACUUGAGCGACGCCGAAGAGUUUCACGAUUGA